CAACCAACAUCUCAGACUCCAGUUACUCCACAGCCUUCGACUUCGUCUUCGUCUCCCUCUUUCUGGCGAAAUGUCAGUGGCGGUAACCAUCAACAACCACCAUCACCAUCAUCUCUCCGAAUUGAGACCACCACGUUCAUCUCAUCUCCUUCCAAAUUAAGUAUCAUCCGUUCGGCAACACAAACACAACCACUACGAUUUAUUCAGUCGUGAUCUGAACCACUGCAGAGCCAUAACGGUGGUUACCACCAUGACAGCCCACGAAGCCUCAUCUUCAUCCUCCUCCAAGUCAAAACUUUGGAAGUACGACGUGUUCUUGAGCUUUAGCGGUGUAGACACGCGCAGUGGCUUCACAGGCCACCUCUACGCGGCAUUAACAGACAGAGGAUACCAGGCUUUUAUCGAUGAGGACGAUCUAAAUACAGGGGAAGAAAUAGGAAAUGCACUGUUCCGGGUAAUGGAAGAGUCGAGGAUCUUUGUUGUUGUCUUCUCAAAGAAUUAUGUGGAUUCGAGUUGGUGUCUUGACGAGCUGGUGAAGAUCAUGGAGUGCAGAUCCAAUCUGGGGGGACAUGUUUUGCCAAUAUUCUAUUAUGUUGAUCCUUCCGAUGUCAGGAAUCAAAAGGGAGAUUUAGCCCAAGCAUUUCAGAAGCACGAAGAGGUCAUCCGAGAAGAAAAAGAUGACAAGGAACGUGAAGCUAAACGAGAAAGGGUAAGGCAGUGGAGAAACGCUCUUACAGAAGCUGCAGAUUUGUCUGGUCACCAUUUUCAAAUCACUGGCACUGGGCACGAAGCAAAGCUUAUUAGAGAAAUUGUUGAUAAGAUUAUUACGAAUUGGCUUCCGAGCACGGAAAAAUUACAUGUGGCCAAACACCAAGUUGGAAUCAAUUCUCGCAUGUCAAAACUUUGGAAGUACGACAUGUUCUUGAGCUUUAGCGGUGUAGACACGCGCAAUGGCUUCGCAGGCCUCCUCCACACGGCAUUAACAGACAGAGGAUACCGGGCUUUUAUCGAUGAGGACGAUUUAAAUACAGGGGAAGAAAUAGGAAAUGCACUGUUCCGGGUAAUCGAAGAUUCGAGGAUCUUUGUUGUUGUCUUCUCAAAGAGUUAUGCGGAUUCGAGUUGGUGUCUUGACGAGCUGGUGAAGAUCAUGGAGUGCAGAUCCAAUCUGGGGGGACAUGUUUUGCCAAUAUUCUAUUAUGUUGAUCCUUCCGAUGUCAGGAAUCAAAAGGGAGAUUUAGCCCAAGCAUUUCAGAAGCACGAAGAGGUCAUCCUUGAAGAAAAAGAUGACAAGAAACGUGAAGCUAAACGAGAAAGGGUAAGGCAGUGGAGAAACGCUCUUACAGAAGCUGCAAAUUUAUCUGGUCACCAUUUUCAAAUCACUGACACUGGGCGUGAAGCAAUGCUUAUUAGAGAAAUUGUUGACAAUAUUAUUACGAAUUGGCUUCUGAGCACAGAAAAAUUACAUGUGGCCAAACACCAAGUUGGAAUCAAUUCUCAGAUUCAAGAUAUUAUCACUUAUCUUUCAAGUGGUGGAUUAGAUGAUGUUGUCAUGGUUGGAAUUUGGGGAAAGGGUGGAUUGGGUAAAACAACAGUUGCCAAAGCCAUUUAUAACGAAAUUCAUCCUAUGUUCCAAUUCAAAAGUUUCCUUGCCGAUAUUAGGGACAAUACAAGUAAACAUGGUCUGGUUUAUUUGCAAAAAACACUAGUUUCUAACAUCUUGAAACAGAAUUCUCAUGUAAGCAGUGUUGCUGAAGGUACCAGUCUGAUAAAACAAGGAUUUCGACAUAGAAAGGUACUUGUCAUCAUGGACGACAUAGAUGAAGUGGAACAACUGAAUGCAAUAGCUGGAAAUCGCGAUUGGUUUGGUCCAGGAAGUAGAAUUAUCAUAACGACAAGAUAUAAACAUUUACUAAAGAAUGUGGACAAGACAUAUCUGCUUCAGGAAAUGAAUGAAGAUGAAGCUCUGGAGCUUUUUAGCUGGCAUGCCUUUGGAAAUAGUAGGCCUCCUGAAGGAUAUCUUGAACUCUCAAGAAAGGUGGUUUCUUACUGUGGAGGUUUGCCACUAACCCUUACAGUUUUAGGUUCUUUCUUGUUUAAAAGAGCCAUAGCAGAGUGGAAAAAUGAAUUGGAGAAAUUAGAAAGAUCUCCAGGUGAAGAAAUAAAAAAACAAUUCAGAUUAAGCAUCGAAGGGCUAGAUGAUACACAGAAGGCUAUAUUUCUUGACAUAUCUUGUUUCUUUAUUGGAUGGGACAAGGACUAUGUCACAAAAGUAUUAGAUGGAUGUGGAUUUUUUGCAACAACAGGAAUCAGGGUCCUCCGUGAACGAGGUCUUGUAACCGUUGAACACAACGAGUUGAAUAUGCAUGAUUUGGUUCAAGAAAUGGCCAGAGUAAUCAUUUCUGAAAAAUUCCCGGGUUACCCUGGAAAAUGGAGUAGGUUGUGGAAUCCUCAAGAGAUCACCGAUGUAUUAACAAAUAAAUCUGGAACUGGAGAAGUUGAAGGACUUGCUCUGGAUUUCUCUGAUCAUUGGUUUCAAACCUGUGACAUGCCUAGUUUCAGUACAGAAGCAUUUGCCAGUAUGAAGAAACUGAGAUUGCUUCACCUCAGAUACGUUCAGUUCACUGGAGAAUACAAACAUCUUCCCAAAGAGUUAAUAUGGUUGUGCUGGCGUGGAUUCCUUUUGCAGUCCAUACCAGAUGACUUUUUUAAUCAACCGAAGCUAGUUGUUUUAGACAUGCAGUCAAGCAAUCUUGUACAAGUUUGGGAGGGCUCCAAGUCGCUUCAAAAGUUGAAAAUCAUUAAUCUCAGUCAUUCCCUUGACUUGGAAGAAUCACCAGACUUUUCACAAGUCCCAAAUCUUGAAGAGUUGAUAAUGGAAGGCUGUGAGAGUUUGUCUGAGAUUCACCCCUCCAUUGGUCAUCUUAAAAGACUCUCUUUGGUAAACCUUAGAAACUGUUGCAGUCUUAGUUCUCUUCCGAGGGAUUUCUUUAAGUCCAAAUCUGUUGAGAUUCUUUGUCUUAAUGGAUGUUCAAAAUUGAGAGAACUGCAUGAGGAUUUAGGGGAGAUGGUAUCAUUGAGAAUACUUGAAGCAGAGAAUACAUCCAUAAAACAAGUACCAGCUUCCAUAGCGAGGUUGAAGAAACUCACUCGUUUCUCUCUAAGGUCUGGCUAGAGAACACCCUUCCACUUGGGGAUGAGCAACCAGGGAUGUGAGAUCACAUGCUUUUAUACUGAGACUAAUUUUUGAAAAGUUGAUUGGUUAACUAAUCUGUUGUAUAAGGGUUGCUAAAAUACUUUUUACAAUAAGCAGUUCAUUCCCCUCUUAGACACCUACUUUCUUUUCUUUUUUAUUAUUGUAAAUAGGGUUGUAAAUAGAUUUUCACGUGUAUGUAAAUGGUAUUGUCUAUCACAUAUAUUUAAAACUUUCUACAUGUUUUUAUACGA